AUGUCGUCUUCUUAUGCUGACAGGAUGUCUCGUUCGUUGUUCGUUUCUGGAUUAUCACGACGAACAACUAUCGAAGAUCUCGAAACUGCUUUUAAAGAAUUUGGAAGACUUAAGGAUGUCUAUAUACCAAGAGAUUAUUAUACCAGAGAACCAAGAGGAUUUGCGUACAUAGAAUACUAUGAUGAACGUGAUUGCGACGAAGCUUAUAGACACGGGACUGUUAUAUUGCAUGGAAGAGAGUUAACUGUGGAAUUUGCGCGUGGAUCUAGAAAAACUCCUCGAGAAAUGAGAGGUAAAGAUAACAGAUAUUCUCCGAUUAGACGAGGAAGAUAUGGGGUACCGAAAAAUUCUUACAGGCCUAGAUCCAGAGUAGAUUAUAGAAGAUAUGACGAUGAGGAGGAUAAUAGGCGUUCGAAUAAAUAUUCUCGUUCAAGGUCGUAUUCUCGUUCAUCAUCUGAACGUCAUAGAAGGUUAGAACAAGUUAAUGGUCAUCCUAAAUCUCGGUCUAGAACUCCUGAUUUCCCGCCGACGUCAGAAAUGAAGGAUGAGACCACAUAG